GCCGAGGCGAAGACCGAACGUAAAUUCGCAACGAUCCGGAAACUCGCCGCACACGGUUUCUCGCGAGUUAUUUUCCGCGCCUCGUACUCCGCGGAGUAGUUUCGUCCGCGUGCGGCGAGGAAGAACGGCGACAAGGGUUUUCGGCCCGCGGGGACGAGGUCUUGAAUCUUCUCCGGCGAGAGGCGCCAGACAGAACUAACACAAGAUGUACAAUGGCAUUGGACUUCAAACUCCACGUGGUUCCGGAACCAAUGGACAUGUUCAGAGAAAUUGGGCAAUUGUGCGUAAAAACAAAGAUAAAGUUACUUACAAGACGGACGAUGCAAAAAUCGACCAGUUGAAUAAGCAACCGAAUAAAGAAAUUCUUGAUCAUGUCAGAAAGAGAAAAGUUGAAGUCAAAUGCGCAGAGCUGGCUGACAUUUUAGAGGACCAAGGAUUUACGAGCGAAGAAAUAAACAACAAGGUGGAAUCCUAUAGAACAUUGUUAAUGGGGAGUGAUAUCAAACCAUCUAUGCCACAGGAUGAAUUCGGCCGUGUUAACGUACGGGAGACACACCAGAUCGCCGAGGCGCAGCAGGAGAAGAAUGCGAAGCUGCGCGAGGCGUUCGGCAUCUCCGAGUUCUUCGUGGAGGGCAGUAGCCUAGACCCGGAGCGGCACGCGCGCGAGGCGGAGGCCCGAGCCGCCGCCGCCGCCGCGAGCAAGGUCUACGAGCUGGUGCGCACGCCAAGUCCGGCUCCGCCGCCGCCGCCGCCUCCGCCGCCUCCGUUGCCUCCGGACGCGGCUUCCGCUGCGGCCUCCGCCUCGGAGAAGAAGAAGCGAAAGCGCUCCGGCAGCACCAGCACGAAGAAGAAGAAGGCCAAGAAGCACAAAGCUCGGGAAAGGUCCGAAAGUCCGGCCCCCAAGUCCGGCAAGAAGAAAGAGAAGAAGAAAAAGAAAGAGAAGAAACACAAGAAGACCGAAGUUACGUCUUCAGAUUCCAGCGAGAAUUCUGACGAUAGCAACUCAUCUGAGGCUGAAUCAAAGAAGAGGAAGAAGAAGAGGAAGAAAAAGCUCAAAGUUGAGGGAAAGGACAAACAUGAGAAAAAGAAGAGUUCGACUAAACGGAAACGUCAAUCAUCCGAAAGCUCCACAGAUAGUUCUGUGGAAAGACCGAAGAAAUCGUUGAAGCAUGAGAAAGGCACUGCGGUUGACAAGACAUCCAGAAACGAAAUUUCCGAAAAUGUCGCGACUUCCUCGCGGGAGCCUCCUUCUCGAUCAGCCCGAUCGCCGAAACGUGCAGAUCGAACAAUAUCUCGAAACGACACCCCGCCGUUGCCACCAUCAACCACUAAGUCAAAGAAAGACUCCCCGACCAAGAAAAGCACAGCGGAGAAGCGAGAUAAGUCGCCAGUCGGCCACAACAGAAGUUCCCCGCUAUCACACAAGCGACACAGGUCAUCUUCUAGAAGCAGGGGCGACAGAAGCGACAGAGGUGGAAGGUCUCCUAGGAGAUAUUCGAGAUCGCGUCGUGCUAGUCCAUCUCCCAAACGAAGAUGGGGAUACUCGAGAUCGCCCAGAAGGCACAGUAGAUACUCCGUGUCCAGGAGCAGGAGUCGCUCCAGGUACGAUCGUUAUGGAGGAUCUUCCCGUAGGAGACCCGCGUCACCCUCGAGACGCAGAGACACCGAUUCUCGACGUAGAUCGCGUUCACCGAGGCGACAGCAACGUCGACGAUCUCGAUCGCGAUCCACCUUAAGCUAUUCGCCGGUAAGAAAGAAUCCAGAGCGCUACAGAGACAUCUUGGAGGACCGGAAGCAACGGCAGGAUCAGAAGAAGAAAACAAAAAGCAAUAAAAAGUCGCGUUCCACAUCACGAAGCAGAAAAACCCAACAGAUAGCAGUUGCACCUAGGGUGAGUCUGAGAUCGUCGAGCGAGGACGAAACCGAUCUGGUGGACGACGAGCAACCUGGCAAGCAGCAACAGCAGCAGCAAGAAGAAGACGAGGAGAGGACGAGAAUUAUGGAGCUAAAUACUUUAAAACGAUUGCAGAGCGGUUUGGCAGCGAAGGCGCGGGAGACGCUAGAGAAGAAGGUGAUCACUCCCGUAAAGAUCAAGAUCGAGAGGCGAGAAGACAGUGUAUUAGACAUCGCUCUGCCGAAUGAACCGCCGAAAACCAUCGCACCAAUUCGAGAUAGAUCCGAGGAACCGGUACAACAGGCUCUUCCGAACAUUCAAUCGCCUGUGUCCAGUAGAUCGCCCUCACCAGCUCUACCUCUCACUCGAGAGGAAGCCGCGAUCAAAAUUAGAUCGCCGAGCGAGUCGCCACCGCCAUUGCCGUUACCUCAGCAACCCAGCGGAGAGAAGGUCGAGUCUGCACCACUUCCCAGCGGCGUGAAAAUCAAGAUGAAUCGUCGAUCAUCGAGAUCGCCAAGUUUCUCCGGCAAGAAAGACUCGACGCCGAUCACGUCGACAAGGAAAGAGCCAAUAUCUAAAAGCAAAUCGUCUUCUCGUUCUCCCGCGCCGAUCAUGUCUAGAGAGGAUAAUGCGACGAUGAAAUUACGUUCGCCGAGUGAAUCGCCGCCGCCAUUGCCAUCCAGUGCUUCGCUAGCUAGGUCAAAUCAGCGCUCGAGAUCGCCGAAGAAGAGCAAAUCGUAUUCCAGAUCGGCGUCGAGGUCGUGCACGAGAUCACCAUCCGUCGCGAAUAAAGCGAGGUCUUCCAGAUCUCCAUUCGGAGACAAGAAAUCGCGGUCUCGUUCACGAGGCAAGAAAUCAGCCUCGCCAGAUCGGCGACGAUCGACCUCUAGAUCGGCCUCCAGGACGAAGAAAUCGUCGCCCAAAGUCAGAACGAAACGCUCAUCCCGAUCGAGAUCAUCCUCGACGGAAUCGAAGCGCACGAGCGUGUCGAGGUCGCCUUCUAGAUGCAAGAAAUCCGCCUCGCGGUCCAGAAGCAGAAAUCGAUCGUUGUCAAAGAGAAGAUCGCACAGCCGCUCGUCUCUGUCGAAGAACUCCAGAAGCAGAUCGCUGUCGCAGAAAAGAUCACGCAGCCGUUCACUAUCUAAGAAGUCUAAGAGUCGCUCGCGAUCAGCGUCGAGAACAUCCAGGGACAAGGAGAAACGCAGCCGUACGAGGAGCAGUUCGCGUUCUUCCGUUCGCUCAAGACAUAGUCGAAGCAGAAGCUUCUCCAGCUCGUCAAGAUCGUCGAGCAGCGUCUCCAGUCGAUCAUCCCGUUCUAGCUCAAGCAGUUCCGCCUCCACCAGAUCACGUUCGCCGUCUAUACCCCGACGUCACGGUUCACCCAGCUUCCUCGACAGACGGCGCAUCACGAGCGCGAGGAAACGUCCGAUUCCGUAUCAUCGACCCACCCCGACGCCACCCUCGUCGCCGAGUAGCAGCAGACACAGCAACUGCUCCAGUACCCGUCAUCGAUCUAGCUGUUCCGCGAGUCGCAGCUCGUCUUACACGCGUUAAGAUAUGCGUUGUGUAAAAAAGAAUGUUCCCGGAUCUCGGAAGCGAGAAUAUUCCUCUUCAUACACUAAGACUCGGAAGCGGCGUAAUUCUUCUUCACCGACCUGAUGGAAGUCGUCGAGUUUUGGAACAAAAAUUCAAGGAAUCGAAAGAUAUUCUGAACAAGAGUUAAGGAUCUGUUAAGUUUUUUUCUGAAAUGACAGAUUCACGAAAUGUGCAGGCAUAUAGAAUUAUUUUUUGCGACAUUCUGAAAGUCGAGUUUUAACGAAAAUGUCAAACCAUAAAAUUUUCAGAUAUUUAUCUGAAAAUAUAAUCUAUGAAAAACUUUGUCUGAAGGGCCAAGUCGACUUUCAGAUAUUUUUAUGUUUGCAAGAAAGUUUAUAUUAAUUUUAUAUGAAUUUAGGGUAACGAAUUGUAAUCCGAAUUAUUUAGAAUUGUGUAAAGGCAGCUGUUGAUCAUUCGUUCAUUUUCUCUCAAGUAUUAUUCAAAUGGCGUUUUAUUUAAUGCAUUUUUUAAUUUCGUACGUUUUUAAUAGAGAGGAAUUAAUUUUUGAAUGAAAACGUCAUUCCGAGCAUAGUGCAUAAGUAUGAAUCCACGUAUGCAUUUCAUUUUUUCUUACAACACAAAGUAUCAUUCGAGAUUUUCUAGUCAUAAAAAAAAAGAAAAUUGCAAAUUUCGGUACAUUCGAUGGAGACGUCACAUUGACAUCAUCCAUUUAAUCGAUCUCUUAAUUUAUUAAGAUAUUAUUUGUCACAUCAAUUUAUUUCGGAACGCGUAAUCUUCGUGAUCAUCGUUAGUAUUAGCAAAUUAUCGCGAAGGAAAUUGAAUAUCAAUGUAAAUUUUAAUGUAUUAUACUCUAUAUUUUCCUCUCUACUCGAACAAAUUCGUAUUGAAAUGGUGCAGCAACUUUAUCUAAUCUAACAAUUUUCUCUAGAAGAGAUUUUUUUAUUUGAAAGCAAAAAUUUGAAACAAACAUGCAAAAUCAGAGAAUAUUUUAAUAACAAAAUACGAAAACUUUCUUUCUCUCUCUAUAAAAUGAAGUAUUUGCCUCUCAAUCUUUAAAAAUGUAAAAUUCUAUUCGGAAUGUUUGAUGACUCGCUUCCAAAUUAUCAGUAAUUACAAUUCGCUCACUUUUACGUAAAUGUGAAUAAUAGUAGAGAAAGAUCUAGGUUGAGCGUCUUCUAUUUGCUAGUCACGUUGUGUAAUAUUUUGAUAUAUAGUUUAGCGAUCAUUCAAGUAUUUAUUUAUGCAAUUUUUUUUUUUUUUUUUUUUUUUUUUUUUUUUUUGCAAUUGACACUAAACACAAAGUCUUAUACUCGUCAACGAAUCUCACGGACUAAGAUCUCUUUAGACAAUCUAUAAUUCCUGAUCUAAAAUUCAUGAUAGAAUUCUGUUUAUAAAUUUUAUAUGUCAUGUAAUGAAGAAAACUUUUGAACACAUCAAAUAUAUAUAUAUAUAUAU